AUGACGUCCCGGAAGCGGAAAGCCGACGACGACGGCGAUGAGAUGUCGCUCUCACCACUCAGCUCGCCGGCGAUAUCCUCACGGCAGCUCGCACGGCCCGCGAAGAAACCCCGAGGCGGCGCCGACCUGGCCGGGCGCCCGCUGUCGCUCCCCCGGCUGCUCGAGACCCUCGAUAACACGCAAUUGCGCGCAGUCCUCCACACCAUCUGCCAGCAACAUCCAGACAUCGGCCGGGAGGUGGUGCUGGGCGCACCUCGACCGUCGGUGGCUUCGGCGCUUGAGGUUCUGGGUGAUUACCAGGCGAAAUUGCAGGCCGCGGUUCCUUUCGGCCAAUCAAGCUCCGACUAUACAUACUUCCGAGUCAAACAACCGCUGGCCGCGCUUGUCGAUGCCAUCUCCGACUUCACCCCCCAAUUCCUGCCCCCCGUCGAACAGCAGGCCAACGUCUCGCUACAAUACCUCGAUGCUGCGACAAAAGUCAUACACGAACUACCUGAUUGGGAGAGCCAACAAUAUCGGCAUCACAAGGAUAACGCAUACGAUGAGAUAUCGGGUGCAUGGGCACUGGUGAUUACCGAGGCGGCAAAGAGAGGAGGGGGAUUUGUCUUGCACACGGGCGGCUGGGACCAGAGACUCGCCAGGCAUAACCAGCAGUCGGGCGGGAAGAUGGAACAAGCGAUGGCCGCCAUGGCGACCGAGGUCCCCUGGGCUGGCAACAAUCCCAACGCUGCGCCAGCAUCGGGGUUGUCGGACCCCAACUCGAUCCUAAACCAGCUUAUCAACGGGACCUACGGCUCGCCUGUCCGCGUCGGGCCAUAG